AACCGCGACACAGAGCCCUGGAGAACCGGAUUCACGUUUUGAGGUCUGUUGCAAGCCAGAGCCCAAGCACAAAUGCUGGUCCCUGCUACAAACUCUGGUCCAGACAGCGCCGUUUUGAUGCUAAUGUGUCGCCGAGUUGUCCCUGCUGGGUAGAAUUCCUGAGUAAAGCGCGGGUGCUCCUGGGUCCUGGAUGCGCGCGCCCAGCCAUGCGUGACCGCACGCACCCGUGACGCGGAGAUGCUGCAGAGGCUGCGCUCGUCCCUGCGUCGGGUGCCUGCUGGUGGCUCUCCCAUCAUACCUCUAUCGCCUGCCCCGCCGAACUGCAACCCCGGGCUCUCGGCAGCGCCGCUGUGCCACGCAUUUCCACGCGCCCGCAGCUUUGUCAUGGCCUACUUGUCCCGGGCAACUGCAACCCUGGCCCGCCAGGACUGCAGUAAUGGAUGUUCGGCAUCGUAUGCUGAAGAAGAAGAAUUAGAAGCUUCGACCGAGUCGUAUGAUGAAGAAGGAGGAUCAGAAGCUUCGACCCAGACGUUUAGGGCCAAAGAUCUCAUUAUCACAAAAGCCGAUGUCUUAAAAAAGAAGCCCGACCCCAGCUCGCUGGUCUUUGGAGCUUCGUUCACUGACCACAUGCUGAUGGUGGAGUGGACCUCCAAGUAUGGAUGGGAUAAGCCUCACAUCAAGCCUUUUGAAAACUUGUCCAUACAUCCCGCUGCCUCUGUUUUGCACUAUGCUGUGGAAUUGUUUGAAGGCUUGAAGGCUUUUCGGGGAGUUGAUAACAAGAUCCGAUUGUUCCGGCCGGACCUCAACAUGAAAAGAAUGUGCCGAUCUGCCGUGAGGACCACUCUGCCGGAGUUUGACAAGGAGGAGCUUCUGCAAUGCGUUCUUCAGCUCAUACAGCUCGACCGAGAGUGGGUCCCCUACUCAACCUCUGCCAGUCUGUACAUCCGCCCCACAUUCAUCGGGAUUGAGCCAUCGCUUGGAGUCAAGAAGCCUUCUAAAGCUCUGCUCUUUGUGAUUUUGAGCCCCGUGGGAUCUUAUUUUUCUAAUGGGACCUUUUCUCCGGUGUCCCUGUGGGCCAACCCAAAGUUCGUCAGAUCCUGGAAAGGUGGGACUGGAGACUUCAAGAUGGGCUGCAACUAUGGAUCUUCCCUUCUGGCGCAGUGUGAGGCGGCAGAGAACGGCUGUCACCAGGUCCUGUGGCUGUACGGCAAGGAAAACCGGAUAACUGAAGUGGGCACGAUGAAUCUCUUCCUCUACUGGAUAAACAAAGAUGGAGAAGAAGAACUGGCGACGCCUCCGCUAGAUGGCGUCAUUCUCCCAGGAGUCACUCGGCAGAGCAUCCUGGAGCUGGGAGAAGAGUGGGGCGAGUUUAAGGUGUGCGAGAGACACAUCACCAUGGAUGACCUGUCCACCGCCCUGGAGGAGAACAGAGUGAAGGAGAUGUUCGGCUCGGGGACAGCCUGCGUUGUCUGCCCAGUUGCCAGUAUUCUGUACAAGGGCCAGAUGCUGCACAUUCCAACCAUGGAGAAUGGCCACAAGCUUUCAAGUCGCAUCAUGGCAAAGUUGACUGAUAUCCAGGUAGCCAUUUUCACCACAUGGGGUUGGGGACCAGCAGGGGGAGGUGGCUCAGGGGAUAAGAGCAUUUGCUGUUCUUGUAGAGGACCUGGGUUCAUGUCCCAGCAUCCCCAUGUCAACUCAGCUCUGGUUCUAGGAGUUCUGGAACAUUCUUCUGUGUGCCUCAUACUCAGAUGCAUAAAAGAAAAAUAAAUAUUCAAAAAAAAUCUCCUUAGGCCUCAGUUUGUGGUCCAAUGAGAGAGACCAUGCUUAGUGCUAAAGCUUUGUCCUCCAUGUAUUAGAACCACAAAGGGAAGAUGUGAAAUGGUGUAAUUCAAGGCGAGUAUUAAACUCAGGGAAGAUAUUCGUGACAGAAUGAGUGAGGUUGAGUGAGGCAGAAGGGGGAGAGAGACGAUAAGAAAAAGAAGAGUGGGGAGCGGGGUAUUCGUGAGGGACUUGGAAUCAGCUAGCCUUCCAGAAUAAAUGCAAUUUUCAAUACUUAAAAUUCUGAUUUAAGAGUACAACAUGUUAUUGUAAAAAAUGGAAAAUAUAUUAAAAAUAGGAGAAGGGGUUGGAAUAUAGUGAUACUGUCUUUACCUACCAUGUGGUGAGGUCAGGUCACAUCCCAAUACCCAGAACUGAGUGGGAAGGAAUGAAGAAGAAUUAAAUAUAUCCAAUGGCUGUUAAUUCUGAAUUUUGAAUAUUUUCAACUUCAACAUUAUAUAAGCAUGUAUCUGUUAACGUAUGUAUUUCCCAACAAGACAGUUGUAAUUAAACAUAAUUUUGUUACCUGCCUUUUCUAUAUAAUAAGCCAUCCGCUUUUAUCUCCUGAAUUUCUCAGGCUGGGGACAAAGCUCAGUUGUUGGGGGUCCUUGUUUACUGGGCACAAAGCCUUGGGGUCAAACCCAGCCUCUCACACACCAGACUGCCAGUCACACUUGUAAUCUUUUUAUAGCCAGACCUCGGGAGGACCAGAGGCCAUCCUCCGCUAAAGAAACUUCCAAGCUAGCCUGGGCUAUAUGAAACCCUGUCUCAAAAAACCAAAACUAAUUUAGAUAAGUAAUGAAGGAGGAAAAAGGAUAGUCUACUGUUUCACACCAGUGAGAUGCUUUUCGUAAAGCUCUUUCAUGAGAAAGUUGGUGGGGGCGGAGCACAUCUUUAAUCUCAGCACUUUGGAGGUAUGGGCAGGGGAUCUCUGAGUUCAAGGCCAGCCUGGUCUACAUAGGGAGUUCAACUUUACCAGGGCUAUAUAGUGAGGACUUUUAUUUAUUUAUUUAUUUUAAAGAUUUAAAUAGAGAAGAUGCAUGAAGGGGAUGAAUGCUUAAAUGUUUGUCACCCACAGAAUUCAGGUCCCCAGAAUCCUGUGUAAAUGCCACAGGUCAUGACAACCCAUCCAGCAAUUCCAGCUUUUGAAAGAGAGCCAGGGGAUCCCCAGAGCUGGUUAGUAAGACCAGCCGUAUCCAUGAGCUCUGGGCUUGACUGAGUGACCGGAUCUCUCUGAGUAAGGAAGAAGAGUAUCAACCGUAGGACUCUCCAUACACACGCACAUUUGGGUAUCUACAUAUACAUAUGUCUGCACACGUAUAGACAUGCCUACACACGGACAGCACGUGUACAAUGGAAAAGGGAAAGAAAAAAGAUGCAUGUGGUAGAACGGUUGAGAAAACCUCAACUUCCCCCCGUUUAUGCACUUUAGUGGCCGUGACGCUAAAUACAGUAUCAAGGCUGACGAAGCAGCCUGUCUAGUCCAGUGCUCCCUGUUGCAGGUGCCUGCUGGUAAUUGGUAAUUCGGCACUUGGCCGGUGGAAGUGGGGGGAGGGGAGACCGGAAGUUCUCAGUUGUUGUCAGAGACUUCCAGUCUCAAGCCAGCCCUGGCUACAAGAGAGCGGGUCUUUAAAAACAAAACCAAACAACGCCCCCCAUCCCCCACCUCCCCUGGUUCACUCAGAAUCCAUACUGAACGCAGACAAAGGUUGUAACCGCAGGCACAGGAGAUCAGAGAUGACUCAGAGUCAGUCACUAGCACACGCACCCCGUGUCCCCCAACGUGUUAAGCAACAGGGCCUUCCAUCCAUAAUCAAAACCACAUCUUUUUCCCCUUCAAUUAUUUUAUGCUUGUGUCCUCAGGUCUCCAAAUUAUCCUCUUACAGGAUGGCAAAUUGGUGCUGUUAGCCAAGCGACUAGCUUGUCUGUUUCCAAGAAAAAUAAUUUUUAGUAAUUACUGAGGGGGGGGAAAAGAAGUAGGAUGUUACAUCAUGUUUGACAUUUGAUCUCUUUGGGCGUUACAUGGAAACAUGAUGUUUCUCUACAAAGUGUUCCACAAAAUUAAAGACAAGCGUAAAAACCACACACACACAAAAAAAGCAAAACCCAAGCUCUUGCCAGUGUGACUCAGGGGGAAUUUUUGAAACCUCAGAUGUGUAGACUUUUUUCGGGUAAGUACUGCUCUGGAGAAACCAAUUAUCCACAUUGAUCCCUGGGUGCUAGGUUACUCAACAAAUACCUCUAGCAAAAGGUACAGGCCCAAUACAAGGUUGUUUUGUGCCCCCCCCUCCUUUUAUAAUCAAAAGGGAGAGGCACUCCUGGGUCUUUACAAAGCUGAGGUGAACUCGGCCUCGCUGCUUGCCCUUCUGUUUUUGCCCAUCCUAUACUCCCAGCUCCCAUUCUAAGGUCUCCUCUCGCCUGCAAAUGCUCCUUUAGUUUCACGACGUCACCGUCUCUGCCGGAGCUCCUACCAUCCGGUUGCGUUAUACAGUUAUAGCUGGUUUUCAGUGUUCGUCCCUGUAGGAACUUUUUCCCUUAGGUUUGUUUUUGAGACAGGGUCUCUCUGUGUACACCAGGCUGGCCUUGAACCCUACAGCAUUCCUCCGGAGCAUGUACGGCUCACCUCCUGUGGAAACCUUUUAAAUAACCUCUUGAGCUACCUAAACUCAGAAGUUCAAUUAUAAUCGGUCACACUGGUCCCCUCCUAGGGCUGUUUGAAUGCUGGGGUUUGAGGUUUUGCUUUUGUUGUUUUGUUUUGCUUUGUUUUAAACUUCUCUUUAUGCCUCCUAGGGUUUAGCACAGGUCUAGGGUAGAGUCCACAGACAGUAAUAUUUCUUUUUUUUUUUUUUCGGAGCUGGGGUCCGAACUCAGGGCCUUGUGCUUGCUAGGCAAGCGCUUUACCACUGAGCUAAAUCCCCAACCCCUGUAAUAUUUCUUCAUCGAAACAUGGAGUGGGAUGGCAAGACAAUGUUUUUAAAUGCCAAUCGUGUGUUGCUCCUGCGUUUUUACAUCUCCUAGGGAGAGCUAGGGGAUGUCUUGAACGAUAUGGCCUCGAUGGGUUUCAUGUUAUUAAGCGACAGACUUGAGCUAGUAAUUUUAUAACAAGAAAGGCUUUGUCUAGUUCACGGCUUCAGAGAUUCAACACUGGUCCGGUCUCUGAUGACACUGGCAGGUGGCAGGUCCCCGUGCAGCUUAGGGGGUGGGGGGUGGGGUCUGUCCUUUUCAAGGCAAUGGCUCCAGUGAGCUAAGGGCCGAGGCCACACCUUAAGUUCUGCUGUUAUUUGCCAGCUCCACCGUGGGGACAGAGCCUUCAAACCAGGCCUUUGAAGAGACGAGACAGACAGCACGUUGAGGCAAGCGUCAGAUUCUUCCUCGUUAUCCUAUCAAUGUGGAUAUUCAUAUCAUCAUGCCUGCCUCCGGGUGGCUGGAGCCUAGGCCUCAGGCAUCAGGGAAAGGGGUGUGAGGAAUGAACUCCUGUUUCACGGAGUAGGAAAAGGAAGCUGCAGGUUCAUAGUGAGGUUAUUACCAUGUUAUUGAUCGAUUGAGAUAGUCUCUUACAGCCUAGGCUAGCCUUAAAUGCCUAUAGAUCCCCACUGCCUUCACCUCCCAAGUGCUGGUACUACAGAAGACUCUUGUUUUUAAGUCUGUGGGAAGAGAGGGGCGGGGUGUGUGCACUUGUAAGUGCCAGUGAGCAUGAAAGCCAGAGAGGGUUCUGAAUCCGACUGGAAUUAGAGACUUUUGAACCCAGGGGCUGACUGAAGCCAGGUCCUCUGGGAGAUAGGCCCGAGCUCUUAGCUGCUGAGCCCCUGCCGCAGCCGAUGGAGCCCGUGAGGGUGGGUUGAGCUGCUCUCUCUCAGACUGAAACACCACGGUUGUCUUUGCUUUUGUUGCAGUAUGGACGGAUCAAGAGCGAAUGGACACUGGAGUUGCCCUAAUGGGAGAGCUCAGGGUAUCGGUGACGGGGUGCCACAGAAGACCGACUCCUGUCCUCGAGCUGGGACAACCUGUGACUAUUUUAACUCCUUGUAGUUCCAUUGUUCAUUGUUACCAAACGAGUUUGUGUCCCCCCCCCCCCCCCGUGAGCCAAGAAAAUUGCCAGUGUUAAGUGUCACCUGUGAACAUGAUAGUAGCUGCUUUACUGUACCUUUCCUUGGAAAGCUAUCAAUGAAUAAUUGCCUCCCCUCACUCCAUACCAGAUCCUUAGUAGGAGAAUGGGUUCCCCCACCAAUGAGAUGACUGUGUGCUGGAAGGGCUACUGAGGAAAUGCCAUAGGCGGCCUCCCUGUGACUCAUGGGCACCCUCAGAGCGGGAGCCCUUUGUUACUUUUGCUGGCUGGUAAGGUUCUGUUGUUUACGUUUUUGUUUGUUUGUUUCUAAUUGGGGAAGAUUUGGGCUCCCUGUGAAGCCCUGCUGGCCUGGUAUUCCGUGAUGUCUGCCCAGGCUGGUCUCAGACUCGGAGCGGGUCUUCCUGUCUCACACAGCCUUCUGGAUGCUGGGGCGAUGGACAGGUGUGAUACCUUGAUUUGUUUCUGUCUUUUAAACAAAAGUUUGGUCGGCUGGAUUUCGUUUCUCCGCGCUUCUGUAAGUCCCUGAGUCCGCGCUAAGGUGACCGUGCCCCUUCUUGGUAUCAUGGCCUGCACUAAUGUCACCGAAGGUGUCUGUGAGGCUCACUGCCCUUUUUCUGUAACUAUACCUGGCUGCUCACUGCGCUGCUAUGAGACUAGGGGUCCUGUGCCUUCUAGAUCUUUGUAUCCUCAAAGCCCAGCACAUAGUAAGUAUUCAGUACUUGUUUACCAUGAGAAUGAACAUAGAAGUGUACUUUCUGUCUCUCCAUGCUGAAACCCUUUCGGAAACCACGCCUGAUUCGGGCAGCAUGUAGCAGUAUUUAUCUUAGGCUGUCUUUCUUGUCCCUGGACUCCUCCAGACAGCAUGGAGGAAUUCUGUUUUAAGAUUAUCUUGGAGUUUAAGUGAUUGCCCUGGAAAAAUGAAAUGUACCAACCAUGUGGAAAUGACAGCUACUGUACAUUAUGUAUGAAAUGCCAAAUAAAGGGACAAGUUGGGAGAUAAA